AAAUUCGGUGUUUUAUUGAAGAGAAAUAGGCAUUAUUUCAGGUCCUUCUUUCAUAGUCCCUUUUAUAUUACUGGGGAAAAUAUUUCGACGUGAUAAGCAAGAGUGCCCAGAACCCCAUUGAAAGCGACUGGGUUUUGAUUGUGAGGGGGUUUGGGUGCAGCGCAGGGAGAGGAAUCUGCAUACUGAGGAAACCUGACCAACCGACACAAGGGGGCAGGAAGCGCCCAGCCUAGGGUUUCAAUCUGGUCUAGCUGAAAAGAGGUUUAUCUAAACUCUUCUUUGCCCUCCGGGUAUUUAUCAAUUCUCUCGGCGUGGAAAAAGAAAAACGGGGAAAAAAAGCUAUGCUGCUGACAGCUGGGUUUAGCUUGUCCUUCGUCUAAAUUCUGCAAGGUGAACUGAGCGUCUGCAGUGACAGCUCUCUAGCUAGGGGUAGUUUAGGACAGCCUGGGGCUACAUUCUCUGGAACUUCUCUGGUGGGAGACUGGCGAUUCUGAUCAGACUGCAUUUCUCACACACCCCAAAUGCUUCUUUUCACUUUAACUCUGUGAACUUUGACUGCAAAGGAGGGGCUUGAUUUAAAAAACAACAACAACCACCGCCACCAAUCCGCCGGACAGGGUCCGUUUCGUAAAGCACGGGAAAAUCAGCAAGGGCUUGGGUGGGGGUGGGAGUCGGGGCGGGGGUGGGGGCUUGUGGUGGUGACCCUGGUGGGUAUUGCACCUGCUCUAGCUAGGUAGGUCUGGCUUUUAAUCCCCUGUCUGUUUGAAAAUCUCCAGUGCCUUCCCAAACUGCUCUGGGUUCCUUUUCAAACUCAACAACAAGGUGUGUUCAACUUUGUUCUUCACUCCCACCCUGGCUUUGGAAGUUUCGACAAGAGGUGGCCAUCCCGGGAGAGAUUUCAAUGACCAAGGAACGGGACUGAGAUGCAUUAAUAGAUGCACUAAUCUUUAGACCUGAAGACUUGAGUCCGUAGAGCCGCGCAGGCUGGUGGUUGAGCCGCAGCCCCAGGUCCGGGCAAGCAAGCUCAGGGCGCCCCUCCAUUCCAACCAACCUGUUGCACCUCUCUCAGAGCAGCUCUGCGCAGUUUCCCCGCCUGGGAGCUGAUUGACAGCAGUCACUACCCAACCCUGGACUCAGGGCCUCCUCCAGCGAUCAGCGAUUGGUCCCCUGAGAGAAUUGGAGUUAGGGGUGCAAAGGGAGAGAUUUUCCUCAAAGGACUCAAAGUUCCCGGGACCUGGGACGUAGGGACUCUCCUGACUGCUACACGCCCGGGACGCGCUGGAAGUGUUUAGUGCCUUGGAUUGCGGCUCCAAGGAGGGACCGUGCGGUGCAUUUGGCCAUCCUCCUGGUCCAGCCCUGCCACUGGGAGGGCCCCGCAGGCACCGCGCCGAGUUCCCGGCCCUUCCCACCGUGCUCUCUAGGAGCCUGCAAAGUCUAGCUUUGCAUACCCGCCGGGUGAACUGUCGGAACUCUAAGGCCGGCAGCCUGCAUACCACAAGGGCUCCCGGGAUGGCCAGCCGUGCGCGCAGGACAGCCAAGUUCUCCAGCUUCCAGCCGAUACUCGCACAGUCGCCUAGGCUGCUGCUGCUGCUGCUGCUCCUGUCACUGGUAAGCUACGUCUCCACACAGGCUGCUGGCCCCGGUGCAGCACUUCAGUCCCUGGGUCUCUCCGGGACUUCGGGAGUCCCUACAGAGGAAGCUAUAGUGGUGGCAAACCGCGGGCUCCGUGUGCCCUUCGGUCGCGAAGUCUGGCUGGAUCCGUUGCGUGACUUGGUGCUGCAGGUGCAGCCAGGAGACCGCUGCACAGUGACCGUGUUAGACAACGACGCGCUGGCCCAGCGGCCGGGCCACUUGAGUCCCAAGCGUUUUGCGUGCGACUAUGGCCCGGGUGAGGUGCGCUACUCGCACCUGGGUGCUCGCAGCCCUUCCCGCGACCGCGUCCGCCUGCAGCUGCGCUACGAUGCUCCAGGAGGGGCGAUAGUCCUGCCACUGGCACUAGAGGUGGAAGUGGUCUUCACCCAGCUGGAGAUUGUGACUCGGAAUUUACCUCUGGUCGUGGAAGAACUGCUAGGGACCAGUAAUGCCUUGGACGAUCGGAGCUUAGAGUUCGCCUACCAGCCUGAGACCGAGGAGUGCCGCGUGGGCAUCUUGUCAGGUCUGAGCGCUUUGCCUCGUUACGGAGAACUCCUUCACUACCCACAGGUCCAGGGAGGGGCCGGAGAUAGAGGGACCUCUAAGACCCUUUUGAUGGACUGCAAAGCAUUCCAGGAGCUGGGAGUCCGCUACCGCCACACAGCCCCCAGCCGCUCGCCUAACAGGGACUGGCUGCCUAUGGUGGUCGAGCUGCAUUCGCGAGGGGCUCCAGAGGGCAGCCCGGCUCUAAAACGCGAACACUUCCAGGUGCUUGUGAGGAUUCGAGGAGGAGCGGAGAACACUGCACCCAAGCCCAGUUUCGUGGCCAUGAUGAUGAUGGAGGUGGACCAGUUUGUACUGACUGCUCUCACUCCAGACAUGCUAGCAGCCGAGGAUGCUGAAUCCGACCCAGACCUUUUGAUUUUCAACCUCACCUCUGCCUUCCAGCCUGGGCAGGGCUACCUGGUGAGCACGGAUGACAGAAGCCUGCCUCUCUCCUCCUUUACACAGCGGGAUUUGCGCCUGCUGAAGAUUGCCUACCAGCCUCCCUCUGAAGACUCGGAUCAGGAGCGUCUGUUUGAACUAGAGCUGGAGAUAGUGGACCCUGAAGGAGCAGCCUCAGACCCUUUCGCCUUCAUGGUGGUGGUGAAACCCAUGAACACACUGGCUCCCGUGGUCACACGAAACACUGGCCUUAUUCUCUAUGAGGGUCAAUAUCGGCCGCUCACGGGUCCCAUAGGCAGUGGACCCCAGAACUUGGUCAUCAGUGAUGAAGAUGACCUAGAAGCUGUGAGGCUGGAGGUGGUGGCUGGGCUCCGGCAUGGCCACCUUGUUAUUCUGGGUUCUCCCAGUAGCGACUCUGCUCCCAAGACCUUCACAGUGGCGGAGCUGGCGGCUGGCCAGGUUGUGUAUCAGCAUGAUGACAAAGACGGUUCACUGAGUGACAACUUGGUGCUGCGCAUGUCCGAUGGAGGAGGCAGGCACCAGGUCCAGUUCCUGUUCCCUAUCACUUUAGUGCCUGUGGAUGACCAGCCGCCGGUCCUGAACGCCAACACUGGGCUGACAGUGGCUGAGGGGGAAACUGUGCCUAUCCCACCCUUGACUCUCAGUGCAACCGAUAUAGAUUCAGAUGACUCUCAGCUGGUUUUUGUCCUGUUGCCACCCUUCUCAAGCUUGGGGCACCUGCUUCUCCGCCAAAGGCAUGUCCCCCAGGAAGAGCAGGGUCUGUGGCAGAAGCAAGGGUCAUUUUACGAGCGAACGGUGACAGAGUGGCGGCAACAGGAUAUAACAGAGGGGAAGCUCUUCUAUAGGCACUCGGGGCCCCACAGCCCUGGGCCGGUGAUGGACCAGUUCAUGUUUAGAGUCCAAGACAAUCAUGAUCCCCCUAACCAGUCUGGGAUCCAGAGGUUUGUAAUACGCAUUCAUCCCGUGGACCGUCUCCCUCCAGAACUGGGCAGUGGCUGUCCCCUUCGGAUGGUGGUACAGGAAUCCCAGCUCACACCACUGAGGAAAAGGUGGCUGCACUACACUGACCUGGACACAGAUGACCGAGAGUUACAGUACACAGUGACCCAGCCUCCCACGGACACAGAUGAGAACCACUCGCCGGCUCCACUGGGCACGUUGGUCUUCACUGAUAAUCCCUCAGUGGUGGUGAGCCAUUUUACCCAAGCCCAGGUCAAUCAUCAUAAAAUUGCUUACAGGCCCCCAGGGCAGGAGCUAGGAGUCGCAGCCCGAGUGGCUCAGUUCCAGUUCCAAGUAGAGGAUCGAGCUGGGAAUGUGGCUCCUGGCACCUUCACCCUUUACCUGCAGCCUGUGGAUAACCAGCCCCCCGAGAUUGUCAACACUGGCUUCACCGUUGAGGAGAAGGGCCACCACAUCCUGCGUGAGACCGAGCUGCAUGUGAGUGAUGUUGACACGGAUGUGACCCACAUCUCGUUCACUCUCACACAGGCCCCCAAACACGGCCACAUGCAAAUAUCUGGACGGCCACUGCAUGUAGGCGGACAAUUCCACUUGGAGGACAUAAAGCAUGGCAGAAUUUCCUACUGGAAUAGCGGGGAUGAGUCUUUGACUGACAGCUGCUCCCUGGAGGUCAGCGACAGACACCAUGUGGUGCCAAUCACUCUCAGAGUGAACGUUCGGCCAGGGGACCGUGAAGGUCCUAUGUCAGUCCUUCCUGCUGGUACUCUGGAGUCCUAUCUAGACGUCUUAGAGAAUGGGGCUACUGAAGUCACUGCCAAUAUCAUUAAGGGGGCCUAUCAGGGUACCGAUGAUUUGAUGCUGACCUUCCUGUUAGAAGGCCCACCCUCCUAUGGGGAAAUCUUAGUCAACGGAGCUCCAGCUGAGCAGUUCACCCAGAGGGACAUCCUGGAGGGCUCUGUUGUCUACGCUCACACCAGUGGUGAGAUUGGCCUGUUGCCCAAAGCUGACUCUUUUAACCUGAGUCUAUCAGCUAUGUCUCAAGAAUGGAGAAUCGGUAGCAGCAUCGUUCAAGGCGUCACUGUGUGGGUGACCAUCCUCCCCGUGGACAGCCAAGCCCCUGAGAUUUCUCUUGGUGAACAGUUUGUAGUGCUGGAAGGUGACAAGAGUGUGAUAAGCCUGACCCACCUAAGUGCUGAGGACAUGGACUCCCUGAAGGAUGACCUCUUGUGCACAAUAGUCAUUCAGCCAACCUCAGGCUAUGUAGAGAACAUUUCUCCAGCACCAGGCUCAGAGAAAUCAAGAGCCGGGGUUGCCAUAAGUGCCUUCACGCUGAAGGAUCUCAGGCAAGGACACAUUAACUAUGUCCAGAGUGUCCACAGAGGAGUGGAGCCUGUCGAAGACCGCUUUAUAUUCCGUUGUUCUGACGGUAUUAACUUCUCUGAGAGACAGAUAUUCCCCAUUGUCAUCAUUCCUACCAAUGACGAGCAGCCAGAAAUGUUCAUGAGGGAAUUCAUGGUGAUGGAAGGCAUGAGUCUGGUGGUCAACAGACUCAUCCUCAACGCUGCUGAUGCCGACAUUCCCAGGGAUGAUCUAACGUUUACUAUUACCCGGUUUCCAACUCACGGUCAUGUCAUGAACCAGUUAAUCAAUGGUACAGUGUUGGUUGAAAGCUUCACCCUGGAUCAGAUUAUAGAGAGUUCCAGCAUUAUUUAUGAGCACGAUGACUCUGAGACACAAGAGGACAGUUUUGUGAUUAAACUGACAGAUGGCAAGCACUCCGUGGAGAAGAUGGUCCUCAUUGUGGUCAUCCCUGUUGAUGACGAGACACCCAGAAUGACCAUCAAUAAUGGGCUAGAAAUAGAAAUUGGGGAAACCAAAGUUAUCAACAACAAAGUCCUAAUGGCAACCGAUCUAGACUCUGAUGACAAAUCACUGGUUUAUAUUAUCCGUUAUGGACCAGGGCAUGGCUUGUUACAGAGACAAAAACCUCUAGGUGCCUUUGAAAAUAUCACUCUAGGCAUGAAUUUUACCCAGGACGAAGUGGACAGGAACUUGAUUCAAUAUGUCCACUUUGGGCAAGAAGGUAUUCGAGACCUGAUUAAAUUCGAUGUGACAGAUGGAACAAAUGCUCUUAUAGAUCGCUACUUUUACGUGACUAUUGGAAGUGUUGACAUUGUCUUCCCUGAUGUGGUAAGUAAGGGCGUGUCCUUGAAAGAAGGUGGCAAAGUCACUCUGACAACGGAUCUGCUGAGCACAAGUGACUUGAACAGCCCUGAUGAGAACUUAGUUUUCACCAUUACCAGGGCUCCUAUGAGAGGUCACUUGGAGUGCACGGAUCGAAGGGGACUGUCCAUCACUUCUUUCACUCAGCUCCAGCUGGCUGGUAACAAAAUCUACUACAUACACACGGCUGAGGAUGAGGUCAAAAUGGACAGCUUCGAGUUUCAAGUCACCGAUGGGCGGAACCCUGUCUUCCGAACUUUCCGGAUCUCAAUCAGUGACGUAGACAACAAAAAGCCAGUGGUCACCAUCCACAACCUGGUGGUCAGUGAAAGUGAAAGUAAGCUGAUCACCCCCUUUGAACUCACUGUGGAGGACAGAGAUACCCCUGACAGGCUCCUAAAAUUCAUUGUCACCCAGGUCCCUGUUCACGGUCACCUCCUCUUCAACAAUACCAGAUCUGUCAUGGUUUUCACCAAGCAAGACUUGAAUGAAAACUUAAUCAGCUACAAACACGAUGGCACAGAAUCCACGGAAGACAGCUUCUCCUUCACCGUGACUGACGGCACCCACUCGGACUUCUAUGUUUUUCCUGAUACAGUGUUUGAAACCAGGAGACCUCAAGUGAUGAAAAUCCAGGUGUUACCUGUUGACAACAGUGUCCCCCAAAUUGUGGUGAACAAAGGAGCUUCUACCCUUCGUACCCUGGCCACUGGCCAUUUAGGGUUCAUGAUCACAAGCAAAAUACUCAAAGUGGAGGACAGAGACAGCCUGCAUUUUUCUCUCAGGUUCAUUGUGACAGAAGCCCCCCAACAUGGCUACCUUCUCAACCUGGGCCAAGGAAACCACAGUGUCACACAGUUCACCCAAGCUGACAUUGAUGACAUGAAAAUAUGCUAUGUCUUGAGAGAGAGAGCAAAUGCCACAAGUGAUAUGUUCCAUUUCAUAGUGGAAGAUGACGAUGAAAGAUCCCAUCCGCUGUGCAAGGGGAAGGGCUGUGUUUCUAACAGAGGCUGGACCCUGGCACCCAGGAGGCUCUCACUGAGUAGCUAGUGAGUGCACGAGCUAGCGCACACCUCACCCACUGAUGUGAGAGCAGCCUCACAGCCUCUGACUCACUGGACCGUUCAGCCUCGGAAGACGUCUGCUUUUCCCGCUUUCUUUCUGUUUUGCUUCUGACGAUAAUAUUUUGUCAUUUCCUUGGGUAAUUUUACUGAUGGCAAAAGUAGAUCACACUGGAGCCAGAAAGUUAAUUUCAUUCCCCUCUGAUUAUAACGGUAAAUUAUCCCGAGCUUGUCACAGAGUGAGGCUGAAAUGGCAGCUGGCUAUGAAGCCAGGGUGUCAUCCGAACUUCCACACAAGUGCCUGUAUCAGAUAUAAGUGUGCACUUCUUAGAUGAAGAAAAUGAGAAUGGGUAGGCAUGGUUAAGCAGCUUUUAAAAAAGGAUUGUGUGUGUGUGUCUGUGUGUCUGUGUGUGUAUCUGUGUGUCUGUGUAUGUCUAUGUGUGUCUAUCUAUGUCUGUAUAAAACGAGAACCUGUCUUAAAUUUUUUUCUGGGGCUAAAGAGAUGGCUCAGUGGUUAAGAGCACUGGCUGGUCUUCCAGAGGAACUGGGUUUAAUUCCAAGCACCACAGGGUGGCUCACAACUGUCUAUAAUUUCAGUUCCUGGGAAUCCAAUAUGGCCUCUAUGGGCACCAGGCACAUAAGUGGUGCACAGACAUGCACACAGGCAAAACACUUAUACAUACAAAAUUAUUUUUUCUGCAUGUGUGCAUAUUAUAUUGCUGUUUUCCUGAAUUAUUUGACUUAUGAGAUAAUGUCAAGAUAAGAGUAUGUAUGCCUGUGAUGGUUUGUCUAUGCUCGGCCCAGGGAGUGGCACUAUUAGAAGGUGUGGCCCUGUUCGAGAAGGUAUGUCACUGUGGGCAUGGGCUUAGGAGCCUCAUCCUAGCUGCCUGGAAGCCAAUAUUCUGCUAGCAGCCUUCAAAUGAAGAUGUAGAACUCUCAGCUCCUCCUGCACCAUGCCUGCCUGGAUGCUGCCAUGCUCCCACCUUGAUGAUAAUGAAUUGAAACUCUGAACCUAUAAAAUUAAAUGUUGUCUUUAUAAGACUUGCCUUGGUCAUGGUGUCUGCUCACAGCAGUAAAACUCAACUAAGUGUAGUGGCUAUUCUUGGUUGUCAGCUUGACUAUAUCUGGAAUAAACUACAAUCCAGAAGUGGAAGGCUCACUAGUGAUCGUAAUCUGGAGGCUGGGAGAUAGAAGUUUCUGACCUGGAUCUUGACAUAGAGAUGUUAAAACAUAGUGGCUAUGAAUUCCAGAAGAUUAAGACAGGGAGAUCUCUGAGUUCAAGGUCAUCUGGGAUUAAAGGCAUGGUGGCACACACCUUUAAUCUGGGCCACACCUUCUGCUGGAGACCUACAUAAGGACAUUGGAAGGAAGAAGAUUUACUCUCUCUAUUCUUCACCUGCUUGCCUCGUGGGACUGAGCAACUGCUAGAUCCUUGGACUUCCAUUCACAGCUGCUGCUGACCAUUGUUGGGAGUUGGACUGCAGACUGUAAGUCAUCAACAAAGUCCUUUACUAUAUAGAGACUACCCAUAAGUCCCAUGACUCUAGAGAACCCUGACUAAUGCACUAAGACAAUGCCAUUCCUGAGAGGUGGGGCCGGAUCACUUUCUAGAAGCAGUGAGAUUUAUAACUGCAAUGGUGUGCUCUAAUUUGAUUGUCUUAUUGCAGCAGCAUCAGGCUGUGACCUCAAGUUUAAUAAUUAUCACUAAAUCACUGAUGUAGCCAGGAACUCGGGCAUGGUUCAUAUCAAGCAUCUUAAGCCUGACUAAGACCUACAUUUUAAUUCUCUCUGAACUUUCUUCAGCACUUACGUCUGAAAAAGCCUGAUGGCUAAGACAUGAACACCUCGAAGAAAUGUCACCUACAGGCCAGGCCUGGGUGUCAGAAGGAAUCCGAUUUCAUCAGCACAGUUCUGUGAUUUUGCAUUCUAUUCCACAUCACAGAUUAGAGUUGUAAGGAAGCAUUCACGUCUACUGGGAUACUCUCUUCAUUAAAGUUGGGUUUCACACCUAAGGUUCCCAGAUUUAAAUGAUGUGCUAAUGGUAACAAUUGAGAUGGCUCAGCAGGUGAAGAUGGUGUAUGGUGCCAAGCCAGACAACCCAAGUCUGAUCCCCAGAAUCUACACGGUGGGGGGGGGGGGGAACUGCAACAAAGAAGAAACUUCAGUCUCUUGGGGUCAAGAAAUAUUUUUAUGAAAAAUCACCUUUUCUGGAUAGAGCUGACUCCCACGUGUUGUCCUCUGACCUCCACACUUGUGCUGUUGUGUGUAUAUAUUCAUACACAUGUACAUGCACAUAAAAAUAUAAAUAUCAUUAAAAUGCAUGAUGUUCGGCAGACAGUGGUCAGAUAUGUAUUGCCAUUUUCUUAGGACUUUGAUGAAGUCUGAAUGUAGUUCUGUUACCACAUGCAAGCUCAACCUUUGUCAUCAAACUGUGGUAUAUGUUCUUUUAAAGAGUGUGUCGAGCAUCUAAAAUUGUGUUUCACAUAAGCCCAUGACACGAGAGGAAUGGCUGGUCUUACUGAGGUUGUGCAGUAAGCAUAAGAUAGCCUUAUGUUGCUUAACUGUGGAUUUAACCAGAUAUAAAUUAAUAGAAAGAGCAACUCUUCAUUUGAGAAAUAGCCUAUCCUUGGUGUAAUUAUUAGUUAUUAAGGGUUAAGUGAACCCAGAAUGGUCAAAACUCCAGAAGCUAGCAAAUUGGUAGAGUAAAUAGACCAAGACCUUUCUGUCAUGUGUACGGCUUCGAUGUGUACGGCUCUCAGUCAUGGCUGCGAUGUGAAGCGGUCUUUGCUGUAACUACGAUUUCCAGUUCUCUUUUAGACCUCCACGGUCUGCAUCGAGUGCAUUUAUUUAAGAAGUAGGGAGGGGUGGAUUUGUUAAGAUGUGUACUUGUUUUAUAAAUGAUAUUUCUUUCUGUUUAUGAAGUGAUCCUCUUUGCUAACCAUCAUUCAAAGGUGAAAAUUCAAAUGGAGCCCAAGACCUUGACAGGGAAUGUGAACAGGGUAUCUGAGAAGUUCUUAAAGACACUAACAUGCUCGAUGAGAGAUUUCUUGUGGGUUUUUCUUUUUUUCUGUUCUGCUGGUGUGAACCCGUACCCACUUCUGGGAGGAAGGAAUGCUGGAUUGCUGGAGUGUCUCAUUAAGGUCUGGCACUUUUUUGGAAAGACUUGCAAGAAGAACGAGAAAGAAUUAUAUCUGACGUCUUCUUUAGGCAGCUUGCUCCCCCCUCCCACAUAACUAUUAUUUGCACCUCGUGCUUUGAGACACGUUUAUAGCUUCACUCAGAUAAGAUGAAAAUGCUUUUAUUGAACUGUGAUUUGUCAUGUGGCCAAGGCUCACCACCUUCAUAUUGUAUGUACAGAAAAGAUGGACGAUUCGGGAACAUCAUUGCAUAUCUCACGCUUUUGAAGCUUUUGAAAACUAGUGGGUUAAGUGUGCAAGAGGGGGAGCUAAGUUUAAAUAUCUGGAACACACAUAAAAGCCGGCAUGGCAACAUACACCUGUAAUCUCAGCAUUCCUACAGCGAGAUGGGAGGCAGAGACAUACGAGUCCCCAAAAGCUCAUAGGCCAGCUAUCCCGACAUACCUACACAGCAGCAAACAGUAGAGAGGUAAAGGCAAAAGGCAAGGUUGCCCUUUGAACUCCACAUGUGCUCAUGCCUACUUUGGCACAUGCGCGUGCACACCCAUACCCACAAACACACACAGCUUAAUUUUUCUUCACAGUUCUCAACGUGUCUUUGCUUGGAAAUAUCAGUGUAUAUACGUGUGCUGGAGGAUGAUUGCAUACUGUCUGGAGGAUCCACAGUGUUCUUUAUUGCCUUUGAAUUCAGAGACAAGACUUAAUAACACUUAACCUCAGUCCGUGUUCCAAAAGUUCCCAUAAAAGUCUCAAAAAAAAGCACUUAAGGAUGUCUGUGACAAGUUUGUGUUAGCUUUUAUAAAAUGUGUCUGGUGACAGAGCAGAAAAAGAAUCUAUGCCUAACUGACUUUCCUUAGGAACUGUUAUAUACAUUAAAUCAAGGAAAUUAUGGUGAUUAAAGGUGAUGUCUUUAAAUGUAAAUGGUUAAAGACAAUUCUCAGAUAAAUUGGCUUUUAAAUGCAUAUUGUUGGGUGAUGGCUGAUGUCCAUGAACCCAGGAAUUUGAUGAGUGGGCUAGUUUAACAAAGAGUCUUUUAUUAUAUUAUGGGAAAGAAUCAGGGUGGAAAAAAAUUUAUUGUCAAACCAGGCUAGAGAGAGAGAGAGGGAGAGAGAGAGAGAGAGAGAGAGAGAGAGAGAGAGAGCAUACUUGACAGAAAACUGACCAUGAACUGAAACAGUCCUGAACAGAGUAGUGAACCUACAGUUGAUGGAUUUUCACCAUAUCUGGCCACUUCAACUUACCCACAUUAACAAGUACAAAAUUCAAGUUAUUAACACAAAGAUGUGGUAUCCACCAAGCAAUCACUAUUUGUCUAUAAACACAUAUGAAGAAUUAACAUAAUCUUCAAUGUAAGACCAAAACUAAGAAAUUAAUUGGAGCCUAAAACAAUGUCACUACUGAAAAGUGGCCCAAUGAACAGUGAAAGUUUAAUAGUUCCUAGAACGCAGAGGACUCUGAACCCUCCACAUUUGAUGAGUUAUGCAUCGCUUUGAGGUCGUGGAUCAUCCUGGACUGUCUUAGGCCACCUCAUGUUCUGAUGACACACUAGACAGGUGAGAGACAGCAGUGUGGUGUGCACAGGUUCCCUCUGCCUGUAGAACAACAUUCUCAAGUAAGCAAGAAGUCCCAGCUUCCCUCAAACCCUGUUAAACAAAUGCAUCAGGUUUAGGUCUUCACCGUCUUUAAAUUUCAACUGAGCAUCAUGCCCUCUUGAAGGUUAAAUAGAGCUGGGUUGACAGACAGGCCAGAGCUUUGUUAAUUCUGUUCCUCGUCUCUUCUUAGUUCGACUUUGCUUCUCCAUGGAUCCUCGUAAUCAAACAGAUAUUACUGCCAAUAGUGGAGCAGUUAUUAAAAACCUGUGGCUCAUCAUAACACACACUAUGUUCAAAGUGCAUUACAUGCAUAGUUAAUAAGGAUCUGUUUAAUAUCUAUGGGAGGCUUUCAUUAGGCUCUGUGGUGAUUCAGUAUCAACAAGAUGGCACCCCUGUCAAGAAGGUCCUUAGAUACACAGCCCUUCUAAAUGUCUCUAAUGCUCACUGAGAGAAGUGGUGAAGAGCCUUAUUGACCAGAGACACGGUGGGUAGAGAACACUGUCACACAUGGAUCUGAGAACCCCAGGGCUUGGGGGUGGGGUGUUCUUCUGGUUUGGGGUGUCAUGCAGGCUUAGGGGGUGUUGUUCUAGCUUGGGGGGUGUCAUGUUCUGUUGGGGUGACAUGCUAGCUUGGGAUAUCAUGUUGGCUUAAGGGCGUCAUGCUGACUUGGGGGGCUUUGUGCUGGCUUGGGGGUGUCAUGUUGGGUUGGGCGUAUCUUGCUGGCUUAGAAAUAGUGAGCAUGGUUACUGUGUAGCUGGGAAAUUGUGACAAUAUUUAACCAAAGUUUUAACAACUGUUACCUGGUUGAGGGAACAAAAUCAGAGAGGAGCUUUGAUGAGGACAAUGCGGUAGAAGAUUUGAUAGGAGCAAUACGGUAGGAAAUGAAUCAGCUUCCAUUGUUGCUCCUGAAAGUUUUUCUGUUUGAUUGAUAUCACCACUGUUACACAGAGGAUGACAGCAGAUGACAAAGAGAGCCUAGCUGCCAGCCAAUAAAGAGGACGAUGUCUUGAAGGUUGAGACUCAAAUGUGGCAUCUAAAGAGACACAAUGUUCAAAAAAAUAGGCUGGGAGCAUGACUCAGUCAGUAAAGUGGCCUUGCCAUGCAAAGUGAGGAUCUCAGCUGGGAUUCCCACUACCCAGUUUAAAAGCCAUCAUGGCUGCAGAUGUCUGUGACCUCAGAAUUGGGAGAGUUUCAGGGCUCACUGACCAGCCAGUCUAGCUGAAGGAGGGAACUCUACAUUGAGUGAGAGAACCUGUCUCAACCAAUAACGUAGAGGGCAAUCAAGAAAGACUUGCUACGUUGAUCUCUGGCCUCCACAGACAUGCAUACCCACCCCCCCACACACACACACACAGUCCACACACUACCGUGUAUACACACACAUACCCAUAUCUACAUUCACACACAAAAAGACAAGAGAUGGAAGGGAGAUCCACUUUCUAAGAGGCACCAUGGAAUACAAAAAGACACCAAUGCCCAUCACUUGAUCUGUGGUGAGCAUCCUGUCCCAGAGGUCUUUGGGGCAGUGUUCCCUUGGGUGAUCGGGAGUAUCAGUGAAGGCACUAACAAGGCUCCGUGUGUAUGCUUUUGCCAGCCAUGGGAAAACUCAGUAAUUUUCCAGAAACCACACUUAACCUUUGCUCUCUGCAACAACUUGGUUCUUUUGUCAAAAAGUUUCUUGUAAUCUACCUGCUAAAAUGAGUUCCCUAUGUGUACUGGCUAGUUUUGUGUCAACUUGACACAGCUGGAGUUAUCACAGAGAAAGGAGCUUCAGUUGAGGAAAUGCCUCCAUGAAACCCAGCUGUAAGGCAUUUUCUCAAUUAGUGAUCAAGGGGAAAAGGCCCCUUGUGGGUGGGACCAUCUCUGGGCUGGUAGUCUUGGUUCUAUAAGAGAGCAGGCUGAACAAGCCAGAGGAAGCAAGCCAGUAAGGAACAUCCCUCCAUGGCCUCUGCAUCAGCUCCUGCUUCCUGACCUGUUUGAGUUCCAGUCCUGACUUCCUUGGUGAUGAACAGCAGUAUGGAAUUGUAAGCCGAAUAAACCCUUUCUUCCCUAACUUGCUUCUUGGUCAUGAUAUUUGUGCAGGAAUAGAAACCCUGACUAAGACACUAUCCACCAUCGGAAGGUGUUAGGAAAGCAUUAAAGUAAAAAGUUGUUAAGAGUCAUUAGCUCAUUUGUCCACAGCAAGUGGCAUGACUGAAGAAGUAUAAUUAUAGAGAUAGAUAUAGAUGAUAGAGGGGGGGGAGAUGAUAGAUAGAUAGAUAGAUAGAUAGAUAGAUAGAUAGAUAGAGAUAGAUAGAUGAUAGAUAGAUAGAUAAAUAGAGGUAGAUGAUAGAUAGAUAUAGAGACAGAUAUACAUAUAGACAUACAUAGAGCUAGAUAGCCAGAUAUGCAAACAUACAUAUACACAUAUACAUAUAAAGAUAGAUAGCUCAUAUUCCUUUCCUUUGUUUUACUGUUUUAAAAUGUUAUUCUUUAACUAUUAGGUGUUGUGUGGUAAAAUGGUUUAGUGAGUAAAAUCACCUGCUUGAGUUUGAUCCCCAGGACCCACACAGUGGAGGGAAAGUGUCAGCUCCCCAUGAAUUCUGACUUCCAUGUUCAAAUCAAUCCCCACACAUUGUCCUCUUCCCUACAUGUGUGCACACACAUACACACAAUAAGUAAAUAAAUAGAUGAGACACUGUUGACUUUUCUAACUGGAAACCUAAGUUGUGUGUUACACAGAAUGUCUUAUGUCUUAUAUUAAAGUGUUUUUAAUGUCCAAUUAUUGGUUUAAAAAAAUAGUCUUUUUCCCUCGAGCCAACAAAACCAAACUAGUUACCAGACUAAAGCUGUGGAAACCCAGUAAAUGGACUGACUGUGUAAGUUAAUUUACCGCAAAGCAGUGGUUCACACUAGGGAGAAGACCCACAUCAAUUAUGUUCCUAGGAGAAGCCAUGCAAGGGGCACAUCAGACAAGAUGACUUGGUUUCCAGGAGGCGGCCAUGUUUUGUUUUGUUUCGUGGCGUGUGCAGGCAGAGGCCUUAGGACACUUUGACAUCUUGCUCUUCCCACCACCUUAUUUCUCUACAGCAGGGUCUUCCUCUGAACCUGGGCUAAGCCAUUGACUAGAAAGCCUCAAUGACCCUCCUGUCCCCACCUCUCUCCCAGAAAGGGUGGGACUUCCUGACAUCUGUGCAGCCACACCCAGAUUUUGUAGGGGUCCUGGGGAUUCCAACGCAAGCCCUCAC